CACUCAUGGCAUCCAGUCGUCAUCGCCAACCUCACUCAACCCAUGCCGAGCUUCUCCUCUCAUCACCACACCUCACAAGCACCGAUAUUAUUUUUAGGCACAGUCAUGGAUGUGUCCAACAGCAUAUGCACGAGUGAUGACGACCACAUGCAGACACCGCCGACAGGGUCGACCACCACCACCACCAACCCCUCGGCUGCCAUCAUCCCGCCGCCGCCGCCACCACCCAACAUGAAGCCGGUUGUGAACCCGGGCGUCGUCGUAAACGUGAACCCGGCUCACCUCCCGCUGGCAUCCCAGCUCCAGCUCCUCCGCCCCAUCCUCUCCACCAACCCGACCCUCCUGCGCGUCCUCCGCCUCGCCGCCCGCCUCCGCCUCCCCAACUGGUACCUCGCCGGCGGCGCCAUCUCCCAGACCAUCUGGAACCACGUCUCGGGCCACCACGCGGACCCCGAGAGGGGCAUCCGCGACUACGACCUCGUCUACCACGACGCCGCCGACCUCUCGUGGGAGGCCGAGGACGCCGUCAUCCAGCGCGCGCGGCGCCUCUUUGACGACGACGACGCCGGCCUGGCGGGCGUGGACGUCGAGAUCCGCAACCAGGCCCGCGUGCACCUCUGGUACGGGGACAAGUUUGGCGUCGAGUGCGCGCCGCACGCGAGCGUCGAGGCGGCCAUUGACUCGUGGAUCUCGACGAGCGCCAUGAUAGGCGUGCGACCGCGCGGCGGGGACCGUCAUCAUAACCCUGAUGGUGAUGAUGCUGGCGAUGGCGAUGGCGAUGACGAUGACGAGUGGGACGUGUACGCGCCGAGGGGCCUGUCGGACUUCUUCAACAUGGUGGUGAGGCCGAACCCCGUGCUCGGCAGGCGGGAGCAGUACAUGAACAAGGUGGUGCGCUGGCAGCAGCACUGGGACAAGCUGGUGGUUGAGCCGUGGCCGCAUUCAUGAUGGCGCACACUUGGAGAGGGGGGGGGGUAAGCACGGUGUAUGAUGUGUUGCAGUUUAUGAAGCAUGUGUCGGCUUCUUAUCAGACUUUGUUAACAUUGCUUGUAUCGACAUGGCUCAAGGCAGAGAGGGCCAUGGCAUAAGGCUUCUAUUCCAGGAGUGAAACUCGGUAGCACCACAACCGCUGAUGCAGACAGAACGUGGCAGGUAAGGUAUUAGAAAUUAGUGUAUUAAGGUGAACAUUAG